AUGGCUACAGAAUCAGAGAAAACAAUACCAUCAAAUAUUCCGCCAGAGAUUAUCGAAAUUAUACUAUCAAAAUUAUCAUCUGUUAAAUCUCUUCUUCGAUUCAAAACUGUUUCAAAGUCAUGGAAUACUAUAAUCUCCGAUCCUUUAUUCAUUCAAAAUCAUCUCGAUUGCUCGAAUAACUCUCCGGAUAAUAAUCUCUUCAUAAGUUCGUAUACAUGUGGUUCGGAUAGUAGAGGGUUUCCUAUGGUUGAUUUCGAAGUUAGAAAAUCGGACGCCGGAAAAAUAUCCGAGGAGAAUAUUCCCAAUGGCUACAACUCUAUAUUAUGCGAAUGUAACGGCGUUCUACUCUUGAGCAACCUCUUUGACGUCAAAUACGGUCUGUGGAAUCCAUCAAUUCGUUGUGAGAUGUUUCUCAUAUACAAAUAUGAGUUUAAGGAAGAUUAUAUAGUGGAUUAUGGGAUUUGUUAUGACCAAAUAACAAGCGAUUUCAAAGUUGUCUUUAUUUUCCCAACGAAAUAUGCUAUUUAUUCGUGUAACAACAAUUCUUGGACGAAGAAGAAUUUAGGAACAAGUUACCAUACUAUUGGUGGUACUGCAGGUUCAGGUUUAGGUAUAUUCGUAGAUGGAGCUACCUACUGGAUUUUGAGAGACAACAUGAUUAGUAUACACUUAGUGUAUUUCGAUCCAAGAACCGACGAGAUCAAGAGGUUGCAAAAGCCCGAACAACGACAAAGUGAUGAUGACAAAUUUCAGUUAAUGAACAUCGCUUCUUUGAGAGGAAGGCUAUGUUUGUACUUCUACAACAAAAAAGAGAGAAUUGCUCAAAUCUGGAUGAAGGAAAAGGGAAUCGAUAAAUGGAAGGAGUUUAUAACCUUUCACAAUUUUGAGGCUCCGUAUAAGUUGUCUAGACCAAUAUGUUUGGUCGAAAAUAAAGUUGUGAUUCAAAAAGAGGAAAACAUAUUUGUCUACUAUAACACUAGUACUGAUAAGAGUGUUAAAAAAGAGUUUGUACAUAUUUACGGGGAUCGCCGUAAAUUGGUUCCAUAUCGGAAUAGUCUCUAUUUCCCAACUGGCGUGGGAACGAAGAAAAUUAAAGCUCAGCAGUCCAGGUUGUUAUUUACGUGA